AUAAUACAGUCUUGUCAAUUUUAGUAUCAACUAUCAAUGAUUCAGUUUUGGACGUCUAAUAUAAGUAACAAGCUUUGAGCAAUAAUUAUAAGUUGAAAAUUAAAUAGUGUUAAUUAUUAUGUAUAUGAAUAAUGAAUCGACUAUACACGACACGGACUUUUAAACACGUACAUUCAGCUAAUUGGUUUAUUCCAGUCUUCAUGACUUACAAUUCMAUGUCUCUAUGCAUUCUAUCUCAUACGUAAAUAAAUAAUGAUGAUAAAAUAUUCAUUGGUAUUUUAAUUAUAUAGUGUGUACACCAGCAGCACUACACCACUACAAUAUUAAUAAUAAAUAAUUAUAUAGGUGUAUUAUUAUCACUAUUGUUAUUUGUUUGUGUACAUUGUUCAGUACUAUUUCUUGAAGGAGGUGCGAGUAGUUUCAUUUUAAAUAUUACAAUUUGCUCUUGGUAGUAUUUUAAUCGUCCGUGGUGGCUAUUUUAACGAACCGUCGAGUACGGUUUAAGCUGUUGCUAUACCUKUGGAUUUUAUUUUAUUCUACAAUGGACCUAUCURCUAUUAUGAAAGAUAAAUUGAACGCUGGUGACAAUGUAGUGGCGCUCCAUGAAGGUGUACUGUUGCAAGGCUGGUCUCCCAAGGCUCACCGAUUAUUAGCCUUGGUUGAACGUAAUCUAUCAUUUGGAUUGUUUAUAUUUACAACAUCAAGAAAUCCACCACAAGCAUUUACAGACCUYACAAUCAACUUUGUUGUGCCCAUUGAUAAUGAUUUCAAAUGUGAUAUAGAUUCAUUGUCAGCAGAAUCUAACUCUGAUAUUUAUAUUAACUUAUCAGCACGGAAUUUAAAAUUAUUUAUGGGAAUGGAUUCAGGUCAUGAAACUAAUCAUUUUUUUAAUGAAUUAUCUAGAUCAAUGGACCUUUAUUUGAAAAAUCAACAGACACUGGAUUUUCAAUGGUUGAAAAAGUAUAAUAUAAAUGAUAUUGACUUGGAAUUAGGUUUGAUGAUGAAUAUCAAUGGUGAUAAUACAUCUAAUAGUAUAAUAACAGCUAAUAUGGCUGUUUCUGAAAAUGAUUUAUCAUUUCCAACUGGAACACAUACAAGUUCUCGAGAAAGUGUUAUACAGCGACAAAUGAUUUUGAGUGAAGAACAAUAUACUAAUGCACAAAAUUUUCGUAUUUAUAUUGGCACUUGGAAUGUCAAUGGCCAACCCACAUUGUCUUCACUAAAUGAUUGGCUAACUUGUGAUUCUGAACCGCCUGAUAUUUAUGCCAUUGGUUUUCAAGAACUUGACCUAAGUAAAGAAGCUUUUCUUUUUAAUGAUUCUCCACGAGAAGAAGAAUGGUUACAAGCAGUAACAAAAAGUCUAAAUUCCAAUGGUAAUUAUAAAAAAGUGUCAUUAGUUCGAUUGGUUGGAAUGAUGCUUAUAGUGUUUGUUAAAAAUAAACACAUGGAACAUGUCAAAAAUGUUGCUACUGAUACUGUUGGUACUGGAAUUAUGGGCAAAUUGGGAAAUAAAGGUGGAGUUGCAGUUCGCAUGGAUUUCCAUAAUACUUCUUUAUGUUUUGUAAAUACACAUUUAGCAGCCCAUGUUGAAGAAUAUGAAAGACGAAACCAAGAUUAUCAAAAUAUAUGUUCAAGAAUGGUAUUUUCAAAUUUUACACCGCCAAAAACUAUUAAGGAUCAUAAUCAAGUUUAUUGGUUUGGUGACCUCAAUUAUAGGAUAACUGAAUUGGAUCCAAUAUCUGUAAAAGAUUUAGUACGCAAAAAUAAUUUUAAAAACGUUUUAGAAGCAGAUCAACUAAAGCAACAACAUCGGGCAGGAAAUGUCUUUAAAGGUUAUAAGGAGGGUUCAAUUAAUUUCCUUCCUACCUAUAAAUAUGAUCCGGGUACCAAUGACUGGGACAGCAGUGAGAAGAAUCGUGCUCCUGCAUGGUGUGACCGAAUAUUAUGGCGAGGCAAUUCAAUUAAACAACUUGCUUAUAGAAGUCAUCCUAAUUUAUUGAUCAGUGAUCACAAACCAGUCAGCGCAUUAUUUGAAUCUGAAGUAAAAGUUGUUGAUUUGACAAAGUACAGAAAAAUUCAUGAACAUAUAAUGAAAAAAUUAGACAAAGCAGAAAAUGAAUAUUUACCUCAAGUUAUGGUUGAUAACACUGAAAUAAUUUUCCACAAGGUGAAGUUUAUGGAACCUCAAUUAAAAGAACUUACAGUUGCCAAUACUGGACAAGUUCCUGUACAGUUUGAAUUUAUUAAAAAAUUAGAUGAUUCUACAUAUUGUAAAGAAUGGUUGCGAAUUGAGCCUUUUAUGAGUUUUAUUGAUCCUGGUGAAAAAUGUGAUAUUACUUUAGAAGUCUUGAUUGAUAAAAAAUCAUCAUACAAAAUGAUCAGUGGUCAAGACAAGUUGUAUGAUAUUUUAGUAUUACAUUUAGAAGGCGGAAAAGAUAUCUUUAUAACUGUUACAGGUAACUACGAGCGAAGUUGUUUUGGUUGUUCAUUAGAAACACUUUGCUAUUUGAAAGUUCCUAUUAUAAAUAUACCAUUUGGGAAACUUAUGGAACUGGAAAAUAAUAAAAGCAAUAUGACUUCGGAUCCUUACCCAGUACCUAAAGAAGUAUGGUAUCUUGUGGAUCAUUUAUACAGACAUGGUCUUAAACAAGAACAUUUAUUUGAACAAUCUGGUCUCAGAUCUGAAUUUAUCCAGAUACGAAAUUGGUUAGAUAAUGGAUCGCCAGAUGCUUUACCUGGUAGUGUGCAUUCUGUAGCUGAAGCUCUAUUAAUACUAUUAGACAGUACAUCAGAACCGAUAAUACCAUAUAAUUUGCAUGCAACUUGUUUAUCUGCAGUAUCUUAUUACAGUCAAUGUAAACAAAUUAUUUCUCAACUACCGGAGAGAAGUAAAAAUGUAUUUUUAUACCUUUGUGCAUUUCUUCAAGAAUUAUUGAAUCAUGUUAAUGAUAACAAAUUAGAUGUUAAAACUAUCGCAUCUGUUUUUGGUGAAAUAUUUAUCCGAGAUCCUCCCAGAUCCCGUUCAGAUAAAUCUGGCAAUACUAGAACUUCUAUGUCAAGGAAGAAGACCAAUUUUGUAUACCAUUUUCUAGUCAAUGAUCAAAGUGAUCUAAUAAUCAAUACAUCAUUUUAGAUGUUAAGUAAUAUGAUCAUUGAUCAUGUCUUGUAGUUAUUAACAAAACAUUUUAAUCAUCACAAAUUGAUUUUAAUUUAAAAAAUUUUGUAAAAAAAUUGACCUUUUUAAAUUAAAUAAAGCUUAAAAUGAACAUGAUCUUAAAAGCAAAUGCUUGGUAUAAAAAUUAUGUA